CAUAAAAUUGACGUCUUUCAACAUAUUGUCAAUAUUAUAUAAUUUUAUUAAAUAAUUUAUAAAAAGAUGGAACGUACAAAUAAAGGAGGUCAGUCCUUCCAUCGAGUCAGUACAAUCUCAAACGAUUAUUUGAACCGAAAGCAAAGUGUAUUGAAUCCAAAAAGUGUAAAAAGAAUCAGUAGAGAACAGACCAAAUCGAUAGCUAAGUUUUAUAACGCAGACCUACAAAAGAUUUUUGGCGAAGUCCAAACUAUUGAAGAAAAGAUAAUAACGAGUUUCACGACACUAGGAGUUGAGGAUGAGCACGGACAUUUGGCUGGUAUAUUGAGUUUACAAAACUAUCCCAAUAUUCCUGCUGUUGCACCAUGGGGCUGGGAAUCAGUUUUUCUCACUUUAUAUGAUCUGCCCAAUAUAAACCCACGCAACACAUUCUUUAUCCACUUCAUGGCGUUUGACCCUAAAUAUGAGAUGUUCUUUGCAAGGCCAAUUUUGCAAUACAUUUUCAAAUUCAUUAUGCCCUUAGCGCAAAUAAUGUUAAUAUUACCUCCAGGUGUAGCAAGGGUUGAGUGCUUGGAACAAUUUGCAGUAAGAAUUCUCCCUAAAGAUUAUAAAAAAUCCCAAAAAAUACAAUCUAUAUAUAGAAUUGCCAGAGAGUCGUUUGUGUUAUCAUAUAAAAUAAGACGUGCCGUAGAGGAGGAUAAUGACGAUUUGGUUCCAAUGAUAGAUCAGUACUCUAAAAGAUUAAUAGAGCUUUAUGGGCACUAUUAUAUUGCUGAAAUAUUGACAAGGCAUAAGGAUUCUGGAAGACAAAUAAUAGUGGCUGAAUAUGGAGGUUCCGCCGUUGGAGUAAUGAUCUUAAAUGAAGCAGUCAAUUACGACUUAUUAAACGAAGAAUUCGAGUUGACACCCUUUCAUGGCUUAAGACAGAAGUCGGAACAAGACGAUGUUGAUUUAGAAGUGAUCAGUCAACUGGAGCUUAUUCAAUCUACUAAUGAUAUACAAGAGGAAAUUGAUCUAGAUAAAACAUCUAAAGGCAUCUUUUCUUCUGAAUUCGAAGACGAAGACGAUUUUUUGGUCGAUGUAGUCGAGAGUGAUAGCGAAUAUUCCCUGGUAUUUACUAAUUCAGACUUAUUUGUGUUUGAUGAGGAUGAAGAGGAAAAUCAAGAAUUGCCUUCAUAUACUCCAGAGAUAAUGCAAUCGGUGACUAGUUAUGAAAUUUUAAGAGAAAUGGAAAAAUUAAAAAUGUAUGAAGUUGAUCCGAGAUUAACCUACGCCGAUAUGAUGGAAAAACUAUCUCGGAGUAUCAUUUCCACAAGUUGCAAAAAGAAAGUUCCAAAAUAUUAUGGCAAAAGCAAUGCGUUCUGUAUCGAAGUUGCAGCUGCCCAUGCUGACCACGAGUUAAGUCUAUUAUCCUUACUACAAGCGGUUUUUGAGUGCUUUCCAGAUAGGGACUACUGCUUAAUAUGUAUGCCUAGUAUAUCUUCGGUGGAGCCUUGGAUGUAUCCAUUUAACAGAGUGGUUUUAAGAAGCAAUAGCAACUUUCCCAAUGACCUAUAUGUGUGCCACAAAACAUCGCUUCUGGGUAGACUGCAGGUAGUUCUUGCUUCAAAAGAGCACAUGCAAGAAGUGCAUACGCUAUUAAGCACAAUUCCGACUCGGUCAAUUGUAUUAUCACAUUUUGAGAUAUUCAUGGAGUAUCAAAAUAGUCCGUAUCAAUGUUUCGUCAUUGUAUGUGAAGGUCACGUCGUUGGAACAGCAGUUUUAUCGGAAGAGUACGGCAUUAAUCAUAUUGAUGCUCAAUAUGACAUAUCUACCUGGGUACCAUUGAACUACUUUAAAAGCGGUACUUUUGGAAUUAUUGAAAGUUUUGUUCUAGCUACCAACUUUCAUUGGGCGGGAAGGUAUCUUAAGAGAGAACUUCACCGCCUAAGUGACUACUUAGUGCUGUUUUACAAGUACAAAAAUAUAGAAAAGGGUACUUUUAAGGAGCGUCCGAUCGUUAAUCUUCUGCAUUGGUUUCAGCCGGUACUGCCUCGCAGGAUGCCAGAGUAUGAUUUUAAAAUGUUGUCGGAGGAAGGUUAUGGGGACUGUGAAGUAUUGACGAAAAAAGAUCAUUUCGCUCUUUAUGUGAGUACAAUUUCCCAAAGUAGUAUCCAACGCAUCCCUAUUAAUACUAGAAUCGUUGUUGUCGGAUGCAGCAAUACGGCAUACGCAUUUUUAGAAGCGUUAUUAUUGAGACAAAAUAACCCCAACUAUAAGUGCGAUUUUAACAAUGUGACGUUAGUAUGUGCAGAUGGAUUUCACGUCAAACUUUCCAAGAAAGUAAAGGAAUUAUUUAUGGUCCAAAAGAAUUUUAUGACAGACAAGCAUAUUGAUAUGAUGAAUCUAAAAGCUUUUGUAAAUGUGGUCUCUGGAAAUAUCUCACAAAUUAAUAGGAAAGAAAGAUAUAUUACAGUCAAUGAACGCAACGCCCUAAGGUACGACCUUUUAUUCCUAAUGUGUGGAGAGAAAUUCCAAAAACCACUGCAGGACUACAGAAUGCCUUUUGCCGAAAAUCCAGAUAAUUUCUUUCUUAUUAAUUGCCCCGCAGAUGGAAAUAAAGCCAUAACGAAAUUAAGAGACUUUCAAAAAGGGGACUAUAGUGAAGAAAAUAUAAUAGUAUAUGGACAUUUUCUACAAGCGUACAGUUGUUUGGCAGGGCUAUUGGAAUAUGGAGUGCCUGGAAAUAAAAUUACGCUUGUCGAACCCUUUCCUUAUAGUAUGAAUAUCGAUAAGAAACGAAGGCACAAUAUUUCGGUUUUUAAUGAUCCAGAAAUUUACCAUGCCACAAUGGAAUAUAUUAAUGCUCAAGGCAUUGAAGUCUACUCUUCCUAUUAUUUUAUUAACUGGACUUACUGCCCGGAGGAGAAUAUUAUAACAGAAGUAAAAUUCGAGUCCAAACAUAAAAUGUUAAAAAUGGCAUGUCAAGCUAUAAUUUUCUUUUACGAGAAAAGCAUCAGUCCACGGAUAUACCAAGUUAUUAAUUCGGCUGGGCUUGUUUUUGAUGGUCGACUAGUAGUAGAUAGCAACUGUAGGACGAACGACGAUCGAAUAUAUGGAGCAGGAACAUUAACCAAGUAUUCUAGAAGAUAUUUUGCAGCCAACAUGGUGCACAAAUAUUUCAAUAGAGUAGAGAUUGGGCGUAAGUUGGGCACACAAAUACGAAAUAUGUUAGUUCCCGGAUUUGUAAGGAGGUCUGAUCCAAAAAAACAUGGUUGGAACUUUCAUUUGGAUAUUCGGGAUAGGCUAGUUCCAAAGUACGACCAACCCAUAAUGAGGUACUGUCGUUUACCGGGUGGUUUAUAUUAUUUGUCAAUUGUCAAGCCUGGCAGACGGAUUCCUUUGGAGACCGCCAGUUCUAUGGAAAACUAUGGUCAAGUAUUUAUUACUGGUAGUUGUCGCAACUUGGAUCAACAAGGCUUCUUUAAAUUGCAUUUCAAUGAGUAUAACCGGGUCGAGACCAUCACGUGUCUAACAAAGUUUGCGAUUGACGUAAAAAACAUAUACUGUCUUUGGGGCAAACACGAAAAACUCCUCAAUAAUCUGCAGCUUCGGUUCGAAAUGGUUUUAAUCACUGACUUCUUUGAAUAUUUCAAACAGCCGUGGGCAUACGCUAUUUAUCACGAUCGUUUUGAAAACCUAUUGGAUGAACUGAAUAAUAUUAUGACUUCUUCAGUGGGUAGUGAUGAAACCUGCCUUAUUACUGAUAUAAUAGAAAUGUACAAACAACAAAAAUGGCAACCGCUUACAAAUGACCAGCAAGAGAAUAUCGAAGAAACGUUCCCUAACAUGAUUUAUCCGAAAAUACUCGAACAAAAGGUGUUAGAUUUUAUCCAAGAAAAUCUAAAUUACUUGCCAAUGUAUGCCCACCCCAUAGUAGUUAGAAAUAUACUGGAAGGAUUUGAUAAAAGUCCCUUAUUUUCAAAAUAAAAAUAGGUUGAAACUGAAA